AUGGCCGCCAGUGUGUGUGUAGGUGUGAGUAAGGUGGUGACGGUGGAGGUGAAGGGCAGCUGGCAGCGCUGGCUGAAGGUGCAGGACCUGACCCGGGGGGUGACAUACGCCUUCAGCGUCCAGGCCCGCACCGUCGCCCUCGGACCCCCGCUGCAGGCCAACAUCUCCGCCCAGCCGCUGCAAGGCACUCCCGGUUCGCCGAUGGGGAUGUCAAUCACCAAGUCCUCUUCUUCCCUUGCUCUCCAUUGGACAGAGGGAGAGGACGAGGGGGUGGGGCCCAUUAGUGGCUAUGUGGUGGAGGCUCGUCCCUCAGAUGAGGGUGUGUGGGAUUCCUUCAUCAGGCUGCUCCCUCCCAGCAGCCGGUCUGCCUCUGUGCCCAUGGAGCGGCUGAGGUCAGGAAUCAGCUACGAGUUUAGAGUCAUAGCCAUUAAUCGUUAUGGCUACGGAGAGCCCAGCUCCCCUCCACUGCCCUUGCCGGCACAGCGAGAACGGCCCUUCUACGAGGAGUGGUGGUUCCUGCUGGUCAUGGCUCUGAUCAGCCUCAUCCUGAUCCUGGUUCUGGUCUUCACCCUGCUGCUCCACGGCCACGGCACCAAGUACAAGGCCUGCAGCACAGGCAAGCAUCUGUCGACGGUGGAGGAGUCGGUAACCCUUGACAAUGGAGGAUUCACCGCUCUGGAGCUCAACAGCAGAACACUGAACAGCAAAAACUCCUUCCUCAAGAAGAACGGUACCAGGUCUCCUCCCAGACCCAGUCCGGGCGGUCUCCACUACUCUGAUGAGGACAUCUGUAACAACUACAACGGAGCCGUGCUCACAGAGAGUACCACCCUCACAGAGAAACCCAACGAGGUGUCAGAGUCAGAGCUGACGGACAGCGACUACGAGGACGAGCAGCCCAAGCACUCCUUCGUCAACCACUACAUGAGCGACCCCACCUACUACAACUCGUGGAAGCGCCAGCCCAAGGGCCUGAAGGGGACGCCGGGGCCGGCGGGGGGGCCCUUCGCCUACGAGGACUGCGUGGUGGCGGCGGCGGCUGCGGCGGCGGCGGCGGCGGCGGCCGGGGCGGGCGACGGCGAGCCCUACUACCAGACGGUGGUGACGCAGCACAGCGCGGGCGGCGCCUACACGCCCACGGGCCAGCCGGCGCUCACGCACGUCAACCCCAACACCAACCCCCCCGGCUCGCGCACGCCCCUCACGGGCUUCUCCUCCUUCGUGUGACACGCGGAGAGAUAGAGAGAGAGAGACACACAGAGAGAGAGAGAGAGAAAGAGAGAGAGAGAGACACGCACGCCAGUACACACACAUGAAUGCGUUUUGCAUAUUCACCCAUGACGGAGGACACGGACACCUGGGUUUGGACACGACGAUGGGGAGGGAAGAGAGGGCGGGGGAGAGGGCGUUGACGAAAGGGACUUCAUGCCCCUGAGCACAUCAAGGUGUGCACUCUUCUCCCCGCGUUUGUGUGUAUGUGUGCGUGUGUAUGUGUGUGUGUGUAUGUGUGCGUGUGUAUGUGUGUGUGUUUGCACAGAGAUCCUCACUGUGUUUAUGACGCCCCUGCCCCCCCCUCCCCCAAAGCUUGUUAUCCUUCGCACUUCUACGUCACUGUGCUCUGGCUGCGUGCUCACUCCAACACACACACACGCAGGACCCGACCCCCCCCCCCCCCCCCCUCUAGGGAGAAGGCUCUGUGUGUGAGUGUACGUGCGUGUUGAUGCAACACUCGAUGUGUAGAACGUUCUUUAGGUGAGAUUGUGUGUGUGUGUGUGUGUAUGAGUGUGAGUGUGUAAGGGGAUACAUCCAAAAGCGGAGGAACAGAAAGACACAACGAAAGCCAAAACAGUGGGAUGUGGCAUUUCUGCACAAUACUAAAUAUGUACUUUUUCUCGAUGUGCGCACAAAAACACGAACGACAAAAACACAAAAAAAAAACUCUCUCUCUAUCUCUGUGUGAAUUUCGGACCCUCCCUCAGAGAGAUGGACUUGCAGGGGAGGGGAUCAUGAAUAAGGAAGAGAGUCUUCCCUGGUGUGUUUGGGGUGGAGGGGGGGGGGGGGGGGGGGGGGGCAGCUGUUGUUGACAAACUCGUUCAUGUAAAGUAAACACAAGAUGCACGGAGCUGUCCGCCAACACCACCCAACGCAAAAGGAGGGAGAGGAAAAGCAACACGUGGGUGCUUCGACGUCGAUG